GCUCAGCUUGGACGAUUCGACUAGGGAGGCUCAGGAGGCUGCCCUGAAGGAGAAAGAGGUCCAACGAGAGGAGCUGGAGACGGUCAUUUCAUCACAGAAGAGUACCAUUGCUGUGGUGUCUUGGUAUUCCCUCUGGUGUGCUGUGGCUGUAGCGGCUGUAGUGUCCGUGCUUUGUCUGCUCUUCUGCCUCUAUAAGGCAUUCUUAUUACGGAAACAAGUGAAGGCCAGCGUGGAGACGAGUCCGAUAACAGAAGCUCUGCUGAGCCCGCCAGCGAGGAAUGCAGGGAAGGGAGUUGGGACUCCCUCGACUGAGGCUAAUAGCCCGGCGAGGCUACCUCCUGAA